AUGACCCAAUCUAAUAGUGACUCGUCAAGUACUGGCGACGUACCCAAUAUCAACACUUCGCUAAUACCGUCGAUCUCAAAACCAGUAUACUCACGUAUCCCUAUCCCGGGCCAUUUAAGCAAUGAUCAAUCCACCCCCAUUGAGGAUAUUAAGAUUAUCGAUAAACAGAGCAUAGACUAUAUAAUAAGGUCAGGUCUAGCUGGUGGCUUAGCUGGAUCUUGUGCCAAGACCUUAGUGGCACCUUUGGACAGAAUCAAGAUCUUGUUCCAAACAUCAAACCCAGAAUUCAUAAAGUAUAGAGGAACAUUUGGCGGGUUCAUUGAUGCUGGAAAACGUAUAUGGAAAACCGACGGGGUAAUGGGGUUGUACCAAGGUAACUCAGUGACUUUGUUACGUAUCUUCCCCUAUGCAGCAAUCAAAUUUGUUGCCUAUGAACAAAUUCGUACUUUUUUGAUCCCAAACGACAGUUACGAAACCGCCGCUAGAAGAUUUAUGGCUGGGUCGUUAUCAGGACUAGCAUCGGUGUUUUUCACGUAUCCACUAGACUUAGUUAGAGUGAGAUUAGCAUUUGAAACUAGAAACUUGUCUCAUUCACAAAUCCAUCACCACCACAAAGAGUUUAUGGCCCAUCGUCGAGGAAGAAUAUUUUCUACCGUCAGCCUAAUUUAUAACGAAAACCCACCAAUCAAAACCACUGACCCGUCGUGGUUGAAAUUAAUGCGAAAAUCGUUCCCGUCACCCAUAAACCAUUUAGCCAAUUUCUACCGUGGGUUUGCCCCGACAAUAUUAGGUAUGAUCCCUUACGCUGGUGUCUCAUUCUACACUCAUGAUUUGUUGCACGAUAUUUUGCGCUCCAAAUGGCUCGCAAAAUAUACUGUCCAAUCAACCAACCACCAAAACGUCGUGGUAAAGAAAAAGGGGAAAUCGUCCAGAGAAUCACGUGCGCCCCUAAAAGCAUAUGCACAAUUAUUUGCUGGUGGGUUGGCUGGGUUAUGUUCCCAGACCGCCGCCUACCCGUUUGAAGUUAUCCGAAGAAGAAUGCAAGUGGGAGGCGCCAUAAACCAGGGUCAGUUUUUGUCAUUCAAAAACACAGCAAAACUAAUCUAUCGAGAGAACGGACUUCAAGGGUUUUUCGUUGGGUUGAGUAUUGGUUAUAUGAAAGUAGUGCCCAUGGUUGCAUGCUCGUUCUUUGUCUACGAAAGAAUGAAAAAGUUCUUAGGUAUAUAG